AUGAUCCUCAUAUCGUUAAUCAUAUGGGCUGUUUUUUCCUUUGGCCUUCGGGUAGAAGGGCAAACUGUAUUCGCGCAUUUUAUGGUACGUUUCCAAACAUAUACACUCAACUAUAUCGUUAGGGAACCCCUAACACACUUCCUCAACCUUAGAUUGGCAGCACAGCAAACUAUACUAUACGCAGAAGCCCACAUCGAUGGCUUCGCACUACACAUAGCCUACAACGAUGACCCCAAUGACGAAAGCAUCAAUACCAUGCUUCAAGCUUAUCUUCUCCUUCUCUUAUGCCGGAAACGGGCCUUGGCCAAAAGACGAGAGCCCUGGCUCCGCACCAAAUUAGACCAAAAUCAAACAGAAAUCCGGUGCGUUCUUCGUACCAUCAUAUUCGCCUCCCGGAGCGAAGAAAGCCGUGGUCCUAGUUCAAUACUCACCGAGAUCGAAGCUUCCUACAAGGAGUUUCUGGCUGGAAGUGCGUACAUGAUGCCGGUAUCCCCCUGGUUCUUUACGAAGAUGCCCGGGUAUAACAAGAUUUGGUUCGCUGGAACCAGAUAUGGUAAUGACUACGGGGAGUCGCAUCAUAUUGGUCCUAUCCUGGAACAAGCUAUGGUGGCAUUUGACACCUGUAAGGCCCCUUUCAACUAUGCGCUUGGACGGUCGCAUGACGCACGACGCCAAUUUCUGCCUUAUGAUAUUGAUAUGUACAAAGGCGGUACGCCCGCAAUUACGAAAGAAGAGUUCACUGCUUGGUAUCACCUCAAUCACGGGCGUGCCCAGCUACAAAAAGAGGCGAACUCGUCAGACUUUGCGCCGGAUCAAGUCUUCUAUUCUGCCCUACUUAUCAGAAAGUUGUACAGGGAGUGGGACGAUAUACCCGACCACAAUGUUGGUUCUUGGCACGGAAGUGUUCCAUUAGCGGCCUCACCCGGAGAAGUCACGGUUGAUAUAUCCCAAGGGUCUGAAACCGUCCUUGGUCUGACAGGGAAGGAUCAGGGUUCCCAACCGUACGUACUACGAGUCGUAGUAUACGACCCGUAA